UCGGAAGUUCUAGGCUGAGGUUGCGUGGAAAUGGGCACUGGUGGGCGGAGUGGGUUACGGCGGGGCAAGGGGAACGCAGAAGGGGUGACAGCCGGCAAGGGGAACGCGGAUGGGGUGGCAACGAGUCCUACUGCUACUGCUGCUUCGGCCUCCUGCCAGUACAGGUGCAUCGAAUGCAACCAAGAGGCCAAGGAGUUGUACCGAGACUAUAACCACGGCGUGCUGAAGAUAACCAUCUGCGUGAGUUGUCAGAAAUCCUGUCAGAAACCUGUAGACAAAUACAUCGAGUAUGAUCCUGUUAUCAUCUUGAUUAAUGCUAUUUUAUGCAAAGCCCAGGCCUACAGGCAUAUUCUUUUCAAUACUAAAAUAAACAUGCAUGGAAAACUCUGCAUAUUUUGUUUGCUUUGUGAAGCAUACCUGAGAUGGUGGCAGCUUCAAGAUUCAAACCAAAACACUGAUCCUGAUGACUUUAUCAGAUAUGCCAAGGAGUGGGAUUUCUAUAGAAUGUUUGCAAUUGCUUCUCUAGAACAAACUGCCUUUUUUAUUGGCAUUUUUACUUUCCUGUGGGUAGAACGACCCAUGACAGCAAAAAAAAAACCCAACUUCAUUUUGCUGCUGAAAGCGUUAAUAUUAUCCAGCUAUGGAAAACUUUUGCUGAUUCCAGCUGUCAUUUGGGAACAUGACUACACACCCCUGUGCCUCAGACUCAUUAAAGUAUUUGUCCUUACAUCGAAUUUUCAGGCAAUUAGAGUGACCAUAAACAUCAACCGAAAGCUCUCCUUUUUGGCCAUCUUGAGUGGCUUAUUACUGGAAAGCACCAUGGUCUACUUCUUCCAGAGGAUGGAAUGGGAUGUUGGAAGUGACUGUGCCAUCUAUAAGUCUCAAGACUUCUGAAGAGAGCUCACCUUGCUUGGACCCAUUUGGCUGGGAAACACCAAGGCAAACACCCUGCUCUAGAGUGGAGCAUUCACCAUUGAUCUAUGGCCUUCAUUUGAAUUCAGGGUCAGAAUCUGCCUCAUGUAUGUCCUGCAAGCAAACAGGACUCCUUGUCUUUCUCACAGAAGGUGCUCCUUGUGCUGAUUUUAUACCUGGCUUCAUCUUAUCUAUUCUGCCCUUAUCUUCCUUUUGUGCAGAUUUCUAAACCCACUUUUUUAAAAAUUUAAUUUUAUCGUAUUGUGUGAAUUUUUAUAAAGCAGCCUUAAAUAGUUUUUGGAACAAAGGUGAUAUAUAAAUCAUAUCAAUCCAUUUAAAAUAAAUAAAUGUAUGACCAGGGACGUGACUAUGCUAGAGUGUGUCUCCUGCCCUGUGGGGCCUGCUUCCUGUUCUUUCUUCCACAGCAGGGGGAUAAAUUCAACUUCCAGGUUUUAUAUUGGGCACCUUCCAAUUCGGGGUCCCAGCACAGUGGAAAUGCUUUGGUUAGGGUGCCUGCGCCUGUUUAGGUUACUGAUCAAUGAGACAGUCAUUUAGGGUAUGUCUGAUAGAAGCUUGUCAAGAGAAGUCACAUGGCGUGUGACUACAGGGAAAUUGAGCUGAACUUGUCUUCCCUAGUAUUUCUAUCAGAAAGGCAAAUGGGGAUCAGACACAUGGAGGACCAGUGCCCGGGGGAGAGUAUUGCUGGCUAUGGCAUGCUGGUGAUAUAUAGUAACUGCAAGUUGAGUCUGGUGAGCAAGCGCCCUCCCCAUUUUCCAAACUUAUCUCCAUCUAGAUCCCCGAGGCAGCUACACACAGGGACACACCAGACAAAUGAGCACUAUUACAGCCUGCCCUUCAACCUCAAAUCCCCAUGGCUUUCUUACCAUUGUGUUGGAUGUGGGCGUUUCAAAGGAGCAUUCUUGUCUCUAACAUAAUUGAUGUUCUAGAGGCCAUCUUAAAUGGUCUCCCCUUUCACCCUGAGCCCCACUCUGGCAUCUUAUCAUCCUGAGGGCAGGAGAAAGAGAAUGAAGAGUGAAGUGCUCUCUUCCCUAAGUCCCAGAACAGAGCUGAGCUAAGUCCUAACUUUCCUUCUCCUAGGCUGCAUCCUCGUAAAAGAACUAGGAAGUGCUCUCAGGCCAUAUGCUGACUGUGGCUUUAACCAGGUCUAUUUCCAAUGCAAGUGCUCCGCCCACCAAAAUCAGCCCUCCCAAUAACAAUAGUUUCAGUGUUCCUGGGACUCCAUUCCUCACUGACUUUCUUUAGAGCUUCUGUCUUGGAGAUAGGAUGGGAAGCAGGGAGAGGGAGUCUUGGAGCUUCUGCCUGGGGUUGGCAAUGCAUAAUUCUCCAGUUGGCAUCUGCCCCUCUCCUUUCCUCUCUCAGGCACCUGCCUCUAGAGAGCUGUAACUCUUCCUUACUGACUAUUGCUUCAUGCUUUUAUUUUGCUAAUUUUAUUUGGUAGUUAUUUAAUAAAGAUUUUGCUUAACAUUCUGUAGAUACUAAGCUUGUUUGUGCAAGUUCUUCAGGGAGUCAAGAGAACCAGGUAGGAAACUGGGUAUCUAGGGACCUGUCCUCAGUUGACCCAUGGCCAGAGAAGCGAGGUGGAAAAGUAAUGCAGUCUUAUCACAGUCGUUAGAACAAAGGCAUCAGGCAAGCUGUUGACACUUUUUCCAAAGCCCACACUAGUGGUCGGGAGGCCCAGACCCUCCUGUAGCAUUUUCAUCCACGAAACUAUGAUCCAGCAGUUGUCCAGUGUUCUUCAGGUGUAACCUCCAGAUGUUAUCUUUGCAACAUAAGCUCUACCACUCCAUAUAGAAUGGGCUCAGAUACAUCUCUCUGAACUGAAAGUACAAUCUUUCAUGAAGACAAGAAGACUGGACUUGCUUGGGCCUUUAUAAUCAGUAAGUCCUCUUUGGGCAGAAAGAUGAAAUUGAACUGCCAACUCGCCUACAGUGAAGUGAUGCUGGUUGCUCUCAAGCCUCUCCGUCACCCAUACCCUUGGCCUGUUUCUAAUCACAGGCUCUGAAAGAAAUUAUGCCUGUGCAUGUAGAAGUCAGACCAAGAUCCAGUAGAAAACACCACACAAUAAAUCAUUAAAUAAGAAAGCACUGUGAUGUAAGAUUAAGGGGCUGUACCAGAUAAUCUCCUUAGAUUUCACGUUAUCCCAGUACCUGCUUGUGCCUUAGACAUAGACAGAGCGCAAACUGCAUCUGACAACACCAACUCUGCUGUUAUUUAGCCAAGACCGUAGGCAAAUCACUUAAUCUUUGUGUUAAUUAUAGACAUGACAUGUUUUAUGAAAGCACACAACAUUAUACAUGAAAGUUUUUGGAGACUUUUUUUAUGCCAUUCCAUCUGCCUUCUCAUUCUUUCCCUCUUGAACUUAUGCACCCUUCAAAGCCAGCUCAGAUGCUAUCUCAGCCAACCCCAAGAAUUUGUUGAGACUCCUUCUAGACCUCAGUGGCCCACAGUACUUCCCCAAUUGCAAUACUUAACCUCAGAUGUUAGGCUAUUUGUGUAUCUGCCAGAGGUUCGUCAUGUUAUUCAUCUUGUGUUCUCAGUGCCUGGCUCAACAUGACCCAGAAAAGUGCUAAAUAAAUGUUAGUUGAAUGAAUGACAUCGCUCUAGGUUAUAGAUAAAUGAAAGCAAGGAGUCAGGUUGGUUUUGGUUAACUGACUAUGAAUUCCACACAUAAG